AUGCCCGCUUCCGCCGCAGAAACCCCGUCCCCCCUCCGCCACAUCCAUGUGGAGAGCAUCCAGUCAGUGACCCCCAGGGAGAUGGUACCGCCGGGGAAGGCACGGCGGAUCGGCGGUACCGCUGCCCUCGGGAGCUACUUCCGGACGGUGCUCUACUACCGGCGGGCCGACGAGUUAGAAGACGCCUGGUCGGUCAGCGCCCACCUCAAGGAGUCCCUCUCCGCCGCCCUCGUCGUUGACCCACUCAUCGCCGGUCGUAUCCGGCGGCGCGACGACGGAGACGGCGGCGGGCUGGAGGUGCGGCUGAACGACGCGGGCUUGCGGCUGGUGCAAGCGAAGGCGGACUUCACGAUGACAGACCUCCUCGCCUCCCCAGAGAGAGAGGUGGUGGAGGCCCAUUUGGCCCAUUGGGUUGGCGUCGACGAGGAGAAGCCCCAGUUUUCGGCUCUGUUCUUCAUCCAGGUAAUAGGCUCCCUGGGUUAAAUAAGUUUUGUUGGGCUUUGGUGGCCCAAUAACAGCAUAAAUGGCUUCUCCCUCGCAGGUGACGGGCUUUCUGGACGACGGGAUUUCUAUUGGGCUCUGCUGCAGCCUGUUCCUGGCGGACCCACUUCUCUUAUCGAACUUCCUCCAUAAAUGGGCCCAAAUCCAUGCUACCAUGCAUGCCCAAAAGCAGUUCGUUAGCGCCGGUAUCUUCAACCUGGGGGCAUUUAGGAGGCCAGGUCGAAGCAAGUAUCUUAAGUCCACGGCCAUCGCCACCGGCGGCGGCGGCAGCGCCCCCCGUACCGUCCUCUUCGACGGAGGCGAUGCCACCAACGCCGCCGCCUUCGUGGAGGCGGCGCGGAGGGUAGGGGAGAGGCCGGAAGAGGCUGUGCCGGCGGGAUUCUCGCUGAUUAUCACGGAGGCCGAUCGCAUGGCAGAGCUCAAGGUGGUGGAGUGCUCCGCGAAGGAAGAGGAGGAGGCGCCGCCGCCCUCCGGUGGGGUCUCAAAGGGGUUCUCGAACUUCGUCGGCGACUGGCUCCGCGGCGGCGAACUGGGUCUCACCAAGGGAAACAAGCCGGUGAUGGUAUCGUGGCACCUCGUCCCGGCGACGGACCGGCCGCUGGUGGUCGUAAUGCCGGCGGUGGACGGCGGAGGGCGAGCGAUGGUCAGCGUCACCUUCCCCAAGAAGGAAGAGUAG